GUGCCUCCCGCUGCCCCGCAUGGGAGGCUGCAGCUUCGGGGCAGGACGCUCCGAACCUGGGGGUCAGUCCCCUCUCCCCAUAAAUCUCAUUGUGCUUGCUGUGAGAACAUCUUGGAAGAGCUGCUGGAGAAUUCCUAAAGGAGAGAAUAUUUACCAGGAGUGAGAAAAGACAAUGGAUCCAGACUUUUUAAAUGUGUUUACCCAGCCUGCUGGACUUAAUCAGUUCCUAGCUGAGAAUGUCAUCGCUCAAGGUGAGAAGAAGAAAUUCAUAAAACCGACUUCAAGCAACAAUCCCAAAUUGGAAGAAUUAAAACUGUUAUUGAUUGACUGGAUCAACGCAACUCUGAAAGAGGAACACAUUGUCGUUAAAAGUCUGGAAGAAGAUCUGUAUGAUGGGCUGGUACUUCAUCAUCUCUUGGAAAACCUAGGAUCUCUCAAGCUGGAUGUUGACAAGAUUGCAUUAACAGAAAAAAAACAGCGACAGAAACUCUCUGUGAUUCUGGAAGCUGUGGCUAAGUGUUUGCAACUGGAAGAAAGUCAGCUGAAAUGGAGUGUGGAAUCUAUCUUGACAAAGGACUUACUGAGCACACUGCAUCUCCUGGUUGCAAUAGCAAAGCACUUCCAACCCAACCUGGCCAUGCCUCCAAAUGUUCAAGUGGAAACAAUCACUAUUGAGAACACCUCCAGAGGAUUAAAGACGUCAAGUGCGAUGGAAUAUAUCACAGAAAACAAAGAGAAUUUAGAAGCACAGUCAAAAGAUGAUGCCUUUGAUGAAUUAUUUAGCCGUGCUCCAGAUAAACUGGAUGCUGUAAAAAAGGUAUUUGUGCAAUUUGUCAACCAGCAUGUUGGAAAAUUAGGACUAACUGUGAAAGACAUCGAAUCUCAGUUUGCAGAUGGAGUUAUCUUACUUCUGUUAAUUGGACAACUGGAGGGUUACUUUCUGAACUUAAGGGAUUUCUUCCUCACUCCAGCCAGCACUGCGGAGAUGCUUCACAAUGUUAACCUUGCAUUGGACUUGCUGACAGAGGAAGGACUUCUGAAUUUUUCUGUGAACUCUGAAGAUGUUGUGAACGGAGAUAUAAAGACUACAAUGCGGAUUCUGUAUUGCUUGUAUUCCAAAUACAAGACCAAAGAAACAUGAAGAGCAAGGCUAAGAGUUUGGCCCUUUUUCUUUUCUUUCUUUUUUUUUUUUUUUUUCUUUUCCCUAGCAUGUCAUUGUCUGAUUUUUGGAUUCCCAGCUCUGUUUGCCACUGUUUAUGAGCAUGCACUUGUGUUUGACACUUGCUGUACUAACAUUGUAUAUGCAAGUAUGUAUUCGUGCAAGGUUUCACAUAUAGUGCCUGUGUGUGUCCAGGGCCAGCGUACUGUAACUCUGUGGCUGGUGCUCCUGCUCCAGCCCUGUCUCUUGUUCUUUCUGAGCCCCCCUAAUGCUACAAAGAAGUGUGAUGUGUGUUUAUUCUGGACAGCCGAUUCUUUACUUCUUGAGAUGAAUUUGGAAGCUCUUAUUGUAACCUCCCCUCUUCCCUGCUUCUGAUUCACUUUGGAAACUAGAGAGGUGAAAGACCCACCACGGCAUCUCUGGGAAGAUUGCAGACACGCUGGAAGCUCACAUUUGAAACCUUCUUUACGCAGGUGGCCAGCUGUUGUCACACAAGAGGAUGUGGAUUGGGCACCAAAUGAAUAGGUAGCUGAACUGAAAUCUGAACUUAUCAAGUGUUUGAUAAAAGUUUCACCAUUUGCCUGCUUGAAUAUGCAAAAGGGACCCAAAAUAACACAGUGUGAGACUGUGCAGUAACAGAGGGGUCUCCUGUGAAGCUGUGGAGAGCUGCCCUUAUUUCCUUGCUAAGCUGAUGCCAGACUGUGGCCAGCUCCAGCCUGUUGCAGCCCAAACAUAAUGUCUGACUAGCAGGAAAGCCGAUUCCUGCGUCAAGCAGGUUAUAGGAGUGACUAAAGUGACCGUGCUUUCUUUCUGGUAAGAGGCGGAUAGAUGCUGGCGUCCUCUGCAGACGGUAGAAGUAGAGGCCAUCAUGGACGGGAGUAGUGAAACCCCCAGCUUCUGCCACUUCUGACAGUAUAUAUGUGUGCUGCGGGGACUCUCAAACCCCGCAGAGACUCUCUUAGCUGAAUUUGUCCAGUGACCCUCCGCAGGCAUCCCAGCAGCCCCGCUUGGAUGCAAUGAGGCUAGCUGCAGUUUAUGUUAGCUGUCACCCUUAGUCUUUCUUGGGGGUCUUAGAACUCCUUCAGAACCUCCAUCCGCUCCCUUGACCUUAAGAUUAUGUCAGGUUUAUGUUGCACAAAGCUGGAGAUCUAAUUAAAAAGAAAAAAAAAAAAAGAUGUUUUGAUAUUAUUUUGACUUCCAUCUAAACGGCUUUAAUUUCCUGUCGUCAGUGACUCUGACAUCUGAUCUCUGAUCUGAUCCUCCAUCUGUGUGUUAAUGGGAAACCAAAGCUCGCUUAGUGCGAGUGCUGACAUUUAUGAGCUGAUGAGAAUUUGUUGUGUCUAGUUCUGGAUCACACAGCCUAAGAAAGAUCCUUAGAUAGCAAUGCUGGUAAGACUUAGAGUCCUGCCUUUGAAAAUGGUAAUACUGCACAGCUGCUGGAGGAAAGAGUUCUGCAAACUGCCCUGAGCCUAAGCCUUUUUGCUCCAAGAAGUACCUUGUUAUGUUUUUACAGAAGAAAAAUCCAAUGUGUGGUGCCAAUGAGCUACAAGAAGAUCAACUUGCUUCCCUAGCAAAUUAGUUGUGUGUGCUGUUUUGAAUUAUUUCAGUCAAAAGUACUUUUUUUUUUUUUCAUGUGAAACUCUCCAUAGGUAUCUUGGUUUAUUCCUUAAUGGGCUUCAAGCAAUCAAGUGGGAGACCUCAGAAGCUUGUUCUUGCUUCACAGAUCCCUGCUGCCGUCGCUGUAACAUGGCAAGCGGAUUGUAGAAUAAAUCAUUAUUGAGCAGAUAAAACCAGCAUGUGGCUUGUGGAGAGCAGGAGUGAGGGGGCAGGAGGGCAUUUGGUGGUGAUAUGGUGGCAGCGUGGCCUUUUCUGCCAAGGAAGCCAACCUGAAUCUCUUCCCUGGUGCUGGCGACCAGAAGUCAUUCCCAGUGUGUGGCUUCAGGCAUAACCUAGAGGCUUUGAAAAAGUUGGUGGUGGGGGAAUAGCUGGUGCUGCCCUGGUCAGAUAGUUGUCACUGCUCAAGGAAACAGUUGUGUUUUUCUCCGAGUGUUUUGAGUUUUGUGGUCCACUCCUCCAGCAUAAGUAAAUCCAGUGCUUGCACUUCUUCAGACUCCUGGCAAGGGAAGUAGAGUUCUUGGUAUUUAAUAAAGGAAAGGAUCAUAUUCCCUUCCCAACACCAGCUUGCCUCAACCUGUUAUGAACAAGUCAUUCUUUUGAAAACAUACAGGGAAAAAAAUGACAGCUAAUGUGCUUGAAUCAAAAAUAUAGCGAGACCAAAAAUGAAUGUUUUAAUCUGUUUUUUAUGCUGCGAGCCAGUUUAUAACACGCUUGAUGUCUCUGAACACUUUGAUAAAGAGCCUGUGUUUGACUCCUAAAACACGCUACAGAAUUUUACUAAUCCAUCAUAGAGGCACCCACUCCAUAAAUUGGUGUGGAAUAUACAAGUGCACUAUUUACAUUUGAGAUGUAGUCACAGACUUGGCAUAGUUUUAAUAGUAGCUAUAAAGUAAGAGAGCUAAAAAGAUUAUUGCGACAGUAUGCAAGUGGAGAAAAAAGAAAUAUACGGUAUUGUUCUCAGAUGUUACUUUCGCCUUACGUUGAGAUAACCUGUUUCCCUUUUCUCUUAUUAAUAUAAGUUAAUGAAAACCAAAGCCGCUUACUGUUUAAGCUGGCAAAUUAACUGAUAUUUGAACAAACUAAGCUCUCUCUAUGCGAGCCUGCUCAUUGACACAUAAUUAAAUUUACAAUUUUCAUGUUUGAAUCCUAGAUAGUCAGCUGUUUGUGAUGGAAAAGCGUGGUGGACUAUGAAGGUGUGGGAUUUUUUAUCGUGCUGUAUGGCUAGGGUACACAAGCUUAACUGCGAUGACUAUUCAGUUUUCCAAUAGAGUCACUGACUGACUGUGUCUUACUCUGUUUCCAAGGAAGAACAUGCAGGCUCUUUAUCUUUUAAAUAACCAGUAAAUGGCCCAAAAUUUUCUAAGCCAGAGAAGAACCCUACCGGAGCUUCUGCUGUUAUCCUCGUCUCAAAGAUAAGCAGCGCGGUGGCUUUGCGGCAAGGCAACAGCCAGGACGUGCAACAGAUUUGAAGUGCUGCUAACUCCUGCUUGCUGUCAUCUUUCUGUUGUCCUGUCUUUCCAAAAUACACAGCCUCAUAACUGUAAAGAUGUCUUUCCAGAGGCGGAGCAGCAAGGGUCUGUGGAGGGAAGUGCAGGUGGAAGGGGCAGAGUUACCACCGUGACUUUAAGGGAGGCAGCGGAUGCACAGAAGUUUUUGUUAAUGGGAUCAAGGGGCCGAGACAGGUACUGGCCGUAGAGCCUGGGAGAGCAAACUCCCUAAAUCUGUCCCUGCUGUCGAAACCCCUUCUCCUCCUUGGGAGGAGGAUUGCAUUGCCAUUUUUUCAUGCCCUCAUUGGGCUGCAGCCCUGUAACUGGGACCUUGCUGGUGUGCCUCUCUGGGAACUGGCCAGUUAAACUCCAGAGGGAAAAUGCUGGUGGCCCCCAAAUGCGCUUGAUGGAUGGGAGCAGUACCUGUACUCCUUUGAGGUGGAGCCUGUUCUUAGUGCCUAUCCUUUUCUUUUUUUCUUCUUUUCUCCCUUCUUCUUUUCCUAUGGUUUCUACUGUGUUGCUUCUUGCUGGGAGACUUCCCCGCAGCUGCUUCCAGAAGUCUCUUUGGCAAUUAGGCUUUCAAACCAUGAAAGCAGCUAAUUCAAAUUCUUCCUCUCCAUGAGCUCGAAGGGCCUGUGUGUGUUUGUGUCUGUGUGAAGGGAUCUUGCUGUUCUUUCUCUUUCAGGUUUCUAAAAUUUCCCCAAAGAAUGAAAGCCAUUGUCAGUUUUUAGAGAAGCGAUUUUUUUUUUCCUAGUCGAUUAGUAUUGUAAUGAAGAAUAGAUGAAAGCGUUAUUUUGGAGGAAACAAAAUAUUGUAUAUGAGCCCUUCCACUUGCUGCCAGGAUGGAUAGGUUUGCUGUGCUGCUCAAAAUUUUCUAGGGUGGUGACAAGGUGAGCAGAACACAGAGUAACAUAUGGAGAGGUGAGUUUUGAGACUAGCAAUAAUGAAAUCAAGAGGGCAGUACUGUAGGCUGGAACGUCCCUGUCCUCCCUGUCCUCUCCAUCAGCCAGCUGUGCUUUCUGGAAUAUUAAAAUGAAAAACCCCACAACAAACCACCUCUAUUUCUUUGUCAUUUUGAUUUAAACAAAGUGCAUCAGGGCACCUUUGCCACUGACUUUUCCCCUUAGCGCCUCCAGAUUUCUAAGCCUUGCCCCCCACCCCGUGUUGUUCCAUUACAACUGGAGUCCCCUAAGCCAUUCUGCUCCAACCACUGGCUAGAAUUAAAGUUUUUAAAGACUUUAUCCACUCAUGUCCUUUCUCAGGCUGUGCUUAGCAAAUUUUACACACCCUGGCAUGAAGCCAAUAAAACAAUAUGAAAUAACAGAUAAAUGUUAGAGAAGAAAGGAGAAGCUUGGUCAAAAACUGAUUCAUUUUAUCUGUAGAACAGUGGCUGGCUGCUUGGAUGAGAACUGUCUAAAUUUAGGUCCUAAAACCUUGCUGUCAUGAAAUGCUGGGGAAUUGCAGUUCGGGUACUUCAUGCUGUCCCCUUCUCCUGUGUUCCAGGUGACCACCAGGCUUCAUCUCCUGCAGAGACCUGCAGUCUGUGCUGGGCUCUUCCUUACGCUGUAGAGAGCCUGUGCUCCACGUCAGUUUGGGUGGUUUAGUUUCUUUUGGGAAAUGGAGCCUGACUGCAGAGUUGUGCCCAUGAUAGUAAAUGGAAAGUUGAAAUGGUGUAAUGCAAAUUUGUUCUUUUUUCCAUAUUUUUUCAUCUUUUCCCCACUUGGCUGCC